AUAAAGCUCAAAAUUACAGCUUUAGUGGAAACUAAAGGACUUUAUUUUUUUUCCUCUUGGCAGGCUGGUCCUUCAGAUAAAAAUCCAGCUAUCUUCUGUUUCAAUUCUUCUCUACUACGUUCUGUCACACUGGCUGUCAGGAAAGCCAAUGAAGUGAUAAGAUUUUCACUGUGCACUAAGCAGGUAAAGGUGCUGUGAUAAAGUUUCCAGGAAACCCUGCCAUCAAUUUCUUAGAGGGGAAAGAGACCCUUUGGUUUUCCUAGAACAAAGACUUAGAGCAUUCAUCUUGGAAAACUUUAGAGACCCGUGGACUUAGCAAUGACUAUUCUUCAGCCUUUCAGUGCUUUGCUGCUUUGUCUAUCACUGAUGAUGGCAACAAGUUCACUUACCACAGAUAAACCUGAAGAGAAAAUGUAUUCAUGUCCCAUCAUUCAGUGUAGCGCUCCUGCAGUCAACGGAUUACCAGGCAGAGAUGGAAGAGAUGGUCCCAAAGGUGAAAAGGGAGACCCAGGGGAAGGAUUGAGAGGUCUGCAGGGUUUGCCUGGAAAAGCAGGACCUCCAGGAUUAAAAGGAGAGGUGGGACCACAAGGAGAAAAAGGUCAAAAAGGAGAACGUGGAAUUGUUGUAACUGAUGACCUGCAACGACAAAUAACUGCUUUGGAAGUGAAAAUACGGGUAUUGGAAGAUGAUUUAAACAGAUACAAAAAAGCCAUGAUUUUAAAGGACGUCGUGAAUGUUGCUAAAAAAAUGUUUGUCUCAACUGGAAAGAAAGAUAAUUUUGAAAAGGGAAAAUCCCUUUGUGCAAAAGCUGGAGGUGUGCUUGCCUCUCCAAGGAAUGAGGCUGAGAAUACAGCUUUAAAAGACUUAGUUAGCCCUUCAACCCAAGCUUAUAUUGGGAUAUCUGAUGCACAAACUGAGGGCAGAUUCAUGUACGUGAGUGGUGGGCCUUUAACUUACAGCAACUGGAAACCUGGAGAACCAAAUAAUAUGAAAAAUGAAGACUGUGCAGUGAUAGAAGGCUCUGGAAAAUGGAAUGAUUUAGACUGUUCAAAUUCAAAUAUCUUCAUUAUUUGUGAAUUGUGAACAGCUAAUAAACAGAAGAAAAUCAAUCCAA